AAUUAUAAUAAUGGAAAUGAUAUUUCGACUCCUUCUUGCUUCGUUUUGAUUCAUCUCAGCUUUGAGCCUGGCAAAAAAGAUGUCAAUUGUGGAAGCUAUAAGUGAUAUAGAUGAGCUUAUUUAUGCAAAUUUUACCCUAAAAAUACCAGAAACAAUCAAAAAUACUUAUAGAGCAUCAAUAUUGCCUGCUUACCUACACGUGUUUAUUGGAAAAGUAGAGAACAAUGACACAUUUAUUGAAGAACCGAUCCCGGUGAGCAUCUCGAAAGCUGUUGAAAGUAUGAAAAAGUUUCAGAGAGGACAAAAUUACUAUUCUUACGCUCUUAAAGACUUCUUGCACAAGAUGUCUCUGCUAGUGGAAGAAAUAGAAUCUCCUUACCCAGACUCUGAUUCAUAUGUAAAUUUAAAAGAGUACUUAUCGCAUGACCAUAACUCUGUACUAGACGAGAAAAUAUUCAAUGGAGACUAUCUCAAUUACGCAGGCAUGAUGGCUCUCAACGACGGGUAUUUCUGCUCUCUUGAUGAAGAAGAAGAUGCUAAUCUCAUCGAAAUUUCUCAGAAAUUUUUUGAAUUCCUCUCGACAAUGUCUUCAGAUCGGAUCUCAGAAAAAGAUAUUGAAACUUUAAACUUCGUCAGCUACGAAGAAUGUAACAACACUCUUGAAUUUCUUGAUGUUGCUGACCAGAUUAGGAAUUAUAAAGUUACUCAUGAAAAGGAGAUCAUGAAACUAGCGCAACAAAUCAUUAAGGAAGUGGAUCAGGAUACUCCAACUGAUUUGUCACCGAAAGAUUUGUUUGAUCUCGAUUAUUACGCACAAUUAAGCAAAGCUAAAGAAUUUAUGGAAGAGGCAAUAAUAAAAAUUGGUGAGGAAUUAAUUGAAACAAAGAAUGUUAAAGAGAAUAGCAAAACUGAAGAGUUUAAAGAUAAGGUAAAAGAGUUCAAACAUAUUAAUACAACUGAUGAAUUUCAUAAAAAUAAGACAAGCCAAGUCAAUACCACAGAGCAUGUUGACGAUCACAAAGUUCCUGAGUCAGAAGAAAAAGAGCAAAGGUUAGGAAUCCCAUUAGGCCAAGGAGGUUUAGGAAACCAACCUCAGGUUGCUCAACAGAAUCAAGUCCAGAAUGAAGUUUUUGAUGACGGAAUUGAUGAAGUCGUAGACAAUCUCCUCAAUGAUAUUCAGCCAGGGAUUGGAGGCAGAAUCGGGAAUUUCUUCUAUGGAAUAGCUAUGUCUAGCAUAGCAGCAAUGACAGAAUUUUGGAAUAAUAGAAUACUUCCUGCAAGUUUGAAGAAAGAGAAAAUGUUUGAUAAUGAAGAUCAUCCCUUCAUCAAGAGGAUAAAAGAGCAUGCUUUCUCAAAUACUUCGGAAUCUGAUGAAUACCUAUUAAUACUGGGAAAUAUCUAUGCAGAAGGGAAUGCUCAAUAUGGAAUUGUAGAAGAUAUAGAUAAAGCAGCAGAAUAUUACGAAAUGUCCGCUAACCUAGGAAAUAUGGAAGCAGUAGUCUAUAUUGGAACCUACUAUCUAAACCGGGACAAACUUAAAUCUUUUAAAUACCUAAAUAAGUGAGUGAAUGAAAAUAUAAUAAUGUGCCAUUUCAGCAUCGGUUCUUUAUAUGCUGAUCCUUUAUAUGAGAAAUCAGAUACUGAAAAAGCUAUACAUCACCUUACGAUUUCAUUGAAGGAUCCAGACCUAAAGCAUCUAUCAGCACAAGCCCUCAAAAUAUUGUAUCGUCAUGGAGAGAACACUUUUGAGAAGGAAAAGAUGCCAGAAGAUUUUCUAGCUAAAUCAGAAGAGUAUUUCGAAAUAGAAUAUUUCAGCUCAGAUUUUAAAAUGUUCAGAGACAGUGAUAGAAAUUACUUUGUCAACAGAAUACUUGAUGAAAUUGAUUUUGAAAAUCAACAAGAAAUAGCAAGGCUUACAGACAAAUUUAUUGAAUAUGUUAAGUUUACAGAGAUCGAUAGAGAUACUACAAGAUGGUACAAUCUUGGAUAUGUUAAAUAUAGUAUGGGAGAGUUUGAUAGAGCCCUCCUUUCGUUUGCUUUUGGGGCAGCGAUCGAUCAUACUGAUUCUAUGAUGGCAGCUGGGUAUAUCUGGACUGAAAAUUUGACAAAUCUUACAUGCAGGUUUGGGAAUAAUCUUAUAUGUGGAGCUUAUUAUUACCUCAGAGCUGGUUUAAAUGGAGAUAGAAAUGGUGUAAACCACUUCAUUAAAAUACUAUACACUUUGGCUGCUGAAAAACCUGAGAACGAGAAGAAGAUUUUAUUAGAAAUAUGCUAUAAAUCAUACAAUCUAAUUUCAGGAUUCUCUGCUCAUACAAUGUACAACCAGGCUUGGAUGUCCUUCUUCGGAGAAGGUACUGAACAAAACUCCACAUUGGCUUAUGAAAAUCUCGACAUUCUUCUAACCAAAACUUGGGAAAAAGCACCAAAGAAUAUUCUUCCGGUGGUGCUAGCCAUGGUCUAUUUUGAAGUGUAUGAGACCUUACCUGGAGGAAUGAGGAGGUUCAUUAAGUUCUAAAUGAUUGAGGAAUGUAAUUUGUAUUCUGAUAAGUUAGGAAUAUGGGAAUGU